AUAAAAAUAAUAGGAUAAAGAAUUCAUGCAUCACCUGACUGCGGGCGAACCGCCCUCGCUGAUGUCAUCAUUUCACAUCCGGAGUACACGAGCGUGCGCGACUCAGUGCGGUUGGAAUUGGAGAAGGCGGACAACUCCCAGCCGAACCCUGCAAGAGGUCAUCAGUGCCGGCUCGGGUUUGAUGGUCAUCAUGUCCACCGCGGCCCCCGUGCACCUCAUCCGCAACAUUCCCCAACCGCCGACACCCGUCCUAGUGGCCAUAAAGGUGCUCUUGUGCAUCAUCCCAAUCGCCCAGAUCGCAAUGGGCGCGGUGCACCUGGACGACUGCCCCCGCCAGCGCUACAUUCCCGUUUACCUGAUCGUGGUGGGCGUGGUCCUGAUGCUGCUGGUGCUGUUUACUUGCCUGCCCUGCGCCCGGGAGCCCAAAGAAGGCCCACCGAACCCUCUCUGCCGAGUCAGCCUGGGCUGGAACUCUCUGCUGGCGUUGUUCCUCAUCUCCUGGUUCAUUGCCGGUAACGUGUGGAUCUACUCAAUUUACAAGCCCAACUACUACAAGAAUGUCACAGGCACUGAGCCCUACUGUGACAAAACGCUCUACCUGUUCGCCUUCUGGACCACGACGCUGGUCUACAUCGCGGUGGGUCUGUUCGUGGCCCUCGGCUUCCUGGUCCUGGUCUGCCUCUACAUGUGCGGCCAGGCGGACCCCGAUGACUACAUCUAGAAGCCCGAGGACCUUUCACCUGACCGCAGUGCGGAUAAGGAGCGUGCCGCCGAGACUGCUGGGUAAUGAGCUGAGCCGCUGAUUUGAUCUUUUCUGCAGAAUUAACACUUUGAUUUUAUUUUUUUUAAUCAUUCAAAUUUGGCAAGGUUGUGAACAACACUUUUCACUGUGGUGGUCCACACAUUUACACAUCAUGUUCUUUCCCCGGUGUCGUGUUACUUGUUCGUUUACAAAGUCUCAGGUGUGAAUGAGGUGCAACGGUGUUCAGUUUGUGUCAUUUCUUGAAUAUUGUCCCUCGUUUAUUGCGGGGGUGACGUUCCAGAAAACCCCCGCAAUAAAUUCGAUCGACACAGUCGCAACCAAUUAUUUAUUAUAUUGUGAUACAAAUUCACUUGAGGUCACCAUCCACACACUCUGCACAAGUACAAGAAUUAGUACCGUUCCUCACACUGUCGGUCCUGUCAAUGUCGUCAGCGAAAAUCAUUACGGUUACCCAGAACUCAUUGCGUUGAUGUUUUUGAACUACAGAACCGUUGUUGUAGAAAAUCAAGCUCAACGUUGCUCUUGACUUGUAUUUGUUCCCUGUGAAAUUGUUAUGAGCAUGUGCAUUAGCUAUUUGUUCGUAUUUGUGAAUUUAUUUCCUAAAACUCUGACUGUGGCUUGUGUUUUAAACAGUGGCUUUCCGGUCAUGUCCUUUAUAUCCUCAAGCAAUUUGGUGAUUUUGACCAAAUGUAUGAGUUGAGAUGACUUUGUAAGGUUUCUUUUUCCGCAAAGACGACUAGCCCAAUUGACAUGAAGUGCGUCAUUCCCGCCACGUUAAAAUCAUAUGGUCAAUCAAGCCAACUGUCACAGAGAGUAAAUGCACUACACUGACCCGUUGAAAAAAAUAUAUGCGAUGCGCUAAAUCCGCUAUAAGUGACGUGUGAGAUACUGAGGGAUUACUGUAAUAAAAUAUUUACCAAAAAAUGAA